AUAGCGGUCCCAAUGUGCUGGUUGCUGCUCAGACUCACAUGAGAGGCAGGCCCUGCCCCCAAGUGUUCCCCAUCUAAACAGAAAAAAGGGUGGGGAAAGGAAGAAUUAUCCCCAUUUUGCAGUUUCAGAAUUGAGGCCUAGAUAACACCUCGCCUUCCUCAAAGUAUCUGAUUCUUAUUUAUCAUUCCAGUUUCCCAGCUGCCUUCAGGACAAAGCCCCUUCCCACCCCACGCCCCGGGACUGCCCCUGCACAGCAGCAGUUUAAGGCUUGGUUAACUAACCUUUCCCAUCUCCCUGCCAGAGGCUUUGAGCCCCAGUGCCAUUGCUCAGAGUUUAUCGUCCCCGUAGCUCUGUGCCUUCUCCCUUCCUCCAGAGCUGGGCAUGUGUGAACAGUCCUGAGAUGUGCUUUCCUGGCUGCUCUGGGGCAGGCCACGGGAUCUCCACUCUUCCCACCUACACUGAAGCAAUAAAAAUCCAAUGCUGUUUCUCUCAAGGAGCUCUGAGCGUUUGACAAACCCUGAUGGAUUUGACUCGCAGUCCCCACCUCAAGAGGUGGGCCCCUGAGUUACUGAUGAGGAAGGACUUGCCCACAGCCAUGCAGCAAGCCUGGGAUAGAAUGCAGUCCCAGGUGCUGCCCUAACUAACAAGUGAUGGUCCUUCCCUGCAUCUGACUCCAUGGAAUGUGAAUUGGGUCACAAGUUGUCUGUUUCCAUUUGCUGCUGUUGCAGCACUUCCAGCUUGGUACUGAGUCCUAAAUGUUUGUUUCCCUGCAGGGCUGGGGCUGCCAGUGGCCUGGUCUCCUCUGGAGAGUGCUGCGAUGAGACGCUGCUAAUCAACAUGAUCUGUGGGGUGGUUUCAGGGGUGAUCUCGUCCACGCUGGCCAACCCGACAGAUGUGCUGAAGAUUCGAAUGCAGGCUCAAGGCAGCUUAUUCCAGGGGGGCAUGAUUGGCAGCUUCAUCGAUAUCUACCAGCAGGAAGGCACACGGGGGCUCUGGAGGGGUGUAGUCCCCACGGCGCAGAGAGCUGCCAUUGUGGUUGGAGUGGAGCUGCCAGUGUAUGACAUCACCAAGAAGCACCUGAUCCUCUCAGGGUUCAUGGGGGAUACGAUCCUUGCCCACUUCGUUUCCAGUUUUACAUGUGGGCUGGCCGGAGCCAUUGCCUCCAACCCAGUGGACGUGGUGCGAACGCGGAUGAUGAACCAGAGGGCAAUAGUGGGGAGUGUGGAGCUCUAUAAAAGCACGCUGGAUGGUCUAGUAAAGACAUGGAAGAGUGAGGGCUUCUUUGCACUCUAUAAAGGGUUCUGGCCCAACUGGCUCCGGCUUGGCCCUUGGAAUAUCAUUUUUUUUAUCACAUAUGAGCAGUUGAAGCGACUCCCGUUCUAGGGCUUCCUCCAAUCCACGAGCACAGCCUCCAAGACGUGCAGUUGGGAAUGAGCAGCCUGAAGUUGCCGCCCCUUUUUUUCACUCAUUUCAUCUUCCUGUGUCUUGAUGUCUUGGCAUGCGUGGAUUGGGACCCGCAGUCCACUGAACAUCUGGUCCUUGGAGCACGUCCUGCCUGCAGUGGAGCGGAGGCCAGAGGAAGAGGUGGUGUGUUCUAGGGGAAUUAUUAACUGUGACAGUGUCUGGGCCUGAAGCGGUGUCUUCUGUGAAGACUAGUGCGGUGCUGUGGCCUUGCAGUACAGGUGUGGUAUGUGCUAGUUGGGCAGGUGUGCAUUGCUGCGCCCUGCCUGACGGGCGGGACAGAAGAUGGAGCUGGAGUGGGGGUGGCCAUGUUUUCCUGCAGACCUGUAACCUCAUUAAACUAUUUAUU